CUAUCAGAGUAGACUCCCCUGCAAGAGUGGCUCCAACUUCGAUUUCAAUAUGGAUAUCAGUGUCGAAAUCAUUGAAUUCAUACGACCGUAUGCAAACUCAAAAAAUAUUUUCAUUUCAGGCAUAUACUCUAAUGAACUAGAUGAAGCGGAGAUAAUGAGACAGCUGUAUCACAUAUUCUCACAGUAUGGACUUCUAUAUGAGGUCCAAGUGUUCAAAAUGAAAGAAUCGCAGCCAGCAAGAAAGGUUCUGCAGGAGGCUUGUUAUUAUGCAUUUGUGAAGUUCUAUUCCCAUUUUGCUGCCAAAAAGGCCAAGGCUUUCCUCAGUAAAAAUUUGAAAUUAGGAUCCCAAAUAUGCAAGGUGGAAUUUGCUAAUCGUACAAAAGAAACAGAGAUGCAACAAGUUCUUCCAGCUGUGAAAUGUCAAGAGUUGGCUAAUUACUACCUAGGCUUUAAUGGCUGGUCCUCAUCCAUCAAACGACUAGAAGAAGACCAACAGGUGCAUGAGGAUAGUUCAAGGACACGGUGCAAACGUUUUUUCUGCAUCAUUGAGCUGACUUUUCCCAAGCAGGGUCUGUCAACACAAGGUCUUGGAGCUUGGGAAGAAAUGUAUACUUUACAAGAUUCUUGCAGUAAAGCCCUCGCCAUACACAAGGCCCGGAAAUGCUGUAAGCUAAGAGCCAUAGAGCAUGCAUUCUCCAAAGUGCUGUUGAUCGUCCUUCACAAUGGAAAAGUUACUGUGGAAAUCAACACAAGCAAACCAGACAUGCUGACAGACAUGCAAGUAGAGAAGAUGGCAGAUGAGCAAGUUCUGAGGGUGACUGAACUCGAUGAUGAGCUAGAGAGUGAAGACAAUGAAGAUGCUGGGAAUCAGGAAAACAACAUACUUUUGGAUGAUGUUAAUCUACACAUACUUCAAGAAUUAGAGAAUUAAUGCAGUUAAUUGUUUAUUGGUGAUCAAUUAUUCAAACUUUGGAUGUGGACUUAUUUAUUAUCUUUUCGCUUAGUCAUUAGUAUUUAUUUCAGUCAUUGCUGAUUUCACUGCACUCCUCUGUCUUCUUAGUGAGCCAGAAGUUACCCAUGGUGUAAUUUUGGAUGAAUUUAUUGCCUGGCGCGAUGACAAUUACUUUCUUAGAACUUAAUAUAAGAACAAAGAGAUUUUCUUUGAUUUCCCUCGGAAGUCGGAAUUCUCCACCAUGUCCCGUGAGUGUCAUCAGUGACAAGGGGACAGAAAUUGUCUCUACUUUUAAAUACCGUCUUUUAUUACCACGCGAUGUUAUGAUGGUUUGGAAAGGUCCCACAAUUCAAUUUACCCACUAGCACCGGCGCUGAUUUACCUCAUGAAAAAAAAAAAAAAUCUGUCUUAACAGUAAGAAGUCGGUGUUGGUGCUCUUUGGGUCUCCAGACAUCACGAGGUGUGACUUUGUGUGCUGGACUCUCUACGUGUACAGUGUCAUGGAUUCAAGAAGUGUUGCUUCAGUGCGCAUAGAUGCUUUAAGUCUGUGACUGUUUGCCGCGGUUGCCAAUUUUUGUAGAAGCAUUAAUUAAGACUUUCGGCAAAACAGAAUAUAGAAUUUAUCUGCACCAGAAUAUACAAAAGAAAAGCAAUCAUUUUGUAGCAUGUGUGAGAAGAGAGAAAAAAAUGUGAAGUGCGUUUUUUCAGUAUUUUUUCACGUCAAAUGCUAAUCUGACCUAAGUUCAAUACCUUAAACAUGCACACUUUCCCACAGCCUUAAACACGUAGUCUUGUUCAUGCACACUUCACAAUGCGACGGCUCGACAGCAUUAAAUACCUCCACUAAUAACAGACUUUCAUUCUUCUCGGCCCCACGUGAGAGAGAAUGAAACGUCAUCGAGAUGGCUGCGGGAAGAGAGUGAGACCGGCUGCAUGUUUGCCUUUUUUCACUGCUUUGUUUGUCGCUACAGCUGACCUGCCUAUGUUUUGCAAUGUGUCGGUGUUGUAUACACAUGCAAACAUGACCUGCAACACCCUUUACAGCUGUAAGGUCACUAUGGAAUAGCGCUGUUGUGUUUGAGUAUUCACAUUUAGUCUGUUGUGUGAAGUCUUUACUCUUUAUGCACUUAAAGAAACGAUAAAGUGAACCUAUAGCGAAAAUACCUUUCAAAAAUGUAUUAUUGCUCUUACAUUCCUAUUUUGAAUAGGGAUAUGAUGGCUUUUAUGUGGCUCAAAUGGUAUUUACACAGAGGCUAAAUCAUGCAGAGACAAGUAUGUGCGUGAGAAAGAGAAAAGAAACCAAGAUAGUUAA